AUGUCUGGGUCCUCCAGCGUCGCCACUAUGAAGAAAGUGGUUCAACAGCUCUGGCUGGAGGCCGGGCUCAACCGCAUAAAAGUUUCCCAGGCAGCUGCAGACGUGAAACAAUUCUGUCUGCAGAAUGCUCAACAUGACCCUCUGCUAACUCGGGUAUCUUCAAGUACAAAUCCCUUCAGACCCCAGAAAGUCUGU